AUGCCGGCGGGCAGCACCGAGCCCGAUGGCAUCCUCAGCUACCAGCGACCCGACGAAGAGGCCGUCGUCGACCAGGGUGGGACGAGCAACGUCGUCAACAUUCACUAUGAGAAGGAGGAGCUGGAAGGCCACCGGACCCUGUACGUGGGCGUGCGGAUGCCCCUGGUGAGGCAGAGCCACCGGCACCGCCGGCCGCACGGCCAGCGGCAUCGGAAGCGGGAGCGGGCGAAGGGCGCAGCCCCGGCGGGCCAGGGCUACCGCGACACGCCGUCGCAGCGGGUGCAGUUCAUCCUGGGCGCCGAGGAGGACGAGGAGCACGUGCCCCACGAGCUGUUCACCGAGCUGGACGAGAUCUGCGUGAAAGAGGGCGAGCACGCGGAGUGGAAGGAGACGGCCAGGUGGCUGAAGUUCGAGGAGGACGUGGAGGACGGCGGGGAGCGCUGGAGCAAACCCUACGUGGCCACGCUGUCCUUGCACAGCCUCUUCGAGCUGCGAAGCUGCAUCAUCAACGGCACGGUGCUGCUGGACAUGAGCGCCAACAGCAUCGAGGAGAUCGCAGAUAUGAUCCUCGAUCAGCAAGAGCAGUCCGACGAGUUUGACGAACGCAUGCGGGUGAGAGUCCGGGAAGCCCUUCUGAAGAAGCAUCACCACCAGAACGAGAAGAAGCGGAACAACCUGCUCCCCAUCGUCCGCUCCCUCGCCGAUGUGAACAAGAGGCAGACAGAUCUGCACCUCCUCGACAAACCAGCCCAAGCGCUGACCCCGCAUCCGCCUCCCGCCACCGUAGAAGCCAAAAACGGGACAAACCAUGAGACAAGCCCAAUGGAUUUAAGCAAGGCGGAGCUGCACUUCAUGAAGAAAAUUCCUACCGGGGCUGAAGCGUCAAACGUGCUCGUAGGAGAGCUGGAUUUUCUUCGGCGUCCCAUCGUGGCGUUUGCGCGCCUGACUCCGGCUGUUCUGCUCUCGGGCAUGACGGAAGUUCCCAUCCCGACAAGGUUCCUGUUUGUUUUGCUCGGGCCGGAAGGAAAAGCCCAUCAGUACCACGAGAUCGGCAGGUCCAUGGCUACGCUCAUGACAGAUGAGGUUUUCCAUGAUGUUGCCUAUAAAGCCAAGGACCGCACCGACCUCGUGGCUGGCAUCGAUGAGUUCCUGGACCAGGUCACGGUCUUGCCACCUGGAGAGUGGGAUCCGUCGAUCAGGAUCGAGCCCCCCAAGAACGUCCCUUCCCAGAAAAAAAGGAAGGUGCCAGGAGCCCUUGACGACGGCGCUUGUCACAGUGAGCCGGAAAAACACAGCGGUCCCGAACUGCAGCGGACGGGAAGGCUUUUUGGAGGUUUGAUCCUGGACGUGAAGCGAAAAGCCCCCUGGUUCUGGAGCGACUUUCGGGACGGCGUGAGCCUGCAGUGCCUGGCGUCCUUCCUCUUCCUCUACUGCGCCUGCAUGUCGCCCGUCAUCACCUUCGGCGGGCUGCUGGGGGAAGCGACCGGCGGGCACAUAAGCGCCAUGGAGUCGCUGCUGGGAGCCUCCAUGACCGGCGUGAUGUAUUCCCUGUUUGCCGGCCAACCCCUCACCAUCCUCGGGAGCACCGGCCCCGUCCUCGUCUUCGAGAAGAUCCUGUACAAGUUCUGCAAGGACUAUGCGCUCUCCUAUCUCUCCCUGCGGGCGUGCAUCGGGCUGUGGACCACCCUCCUCUGCGUGGUCCUGGUGGCGACGGACGCCAGCUGUUUGGUGUGCUACAUCACCCGCUUUACUGAGGAAGCCUUCGCCGCCCUCAUCUGCAUCAUCUUCAUCUACGAGGCGCUAGAGAAGCUGAUUUGGCUGGGAGAGACUUACCCGAUCCACGUGGACAGCAAGCUUGACCUCCUGACCAUCUACUACUGUAAAUGCAAAGCCCCAGCCCAUCCUACCAAUGAAACCCUGCAUUUCUGGGAGAGCAACAAGAUCAACCCGUCUUUAAUCACCUGGGAAAACCUCACGGUCUCUGAAUGUCAGCAUUUGCAUGGUGAAUUUCAUGGACCUGCCUGUGGACACGAUGGCCCCUACACACCCAAUGUCCUCUUCUGGUCCUGCAUCCUGUUCUUCUCCACCUUUAUCCUGUCGGGCUCACUGAAGACGUUUAAAACCAGCCACUAUUUCCCAACCAGAGUACGGUCCACCGUAAGCGACUUUGCUGUUUUCUUCACCAUCGUCAUCAUGGUGAUUAUUGACUUCCUGAUUGGGAUCCCCUCACCGAAGCUUCACGUCCCCAGUAUGUUCAAGCCCACCAGAGAUGACCGGGGAUGGCUCAUCAACCCCGUAGGACCCAACCCUUGGUGGACAGUGUUGGCAGCGUUCGUCCCGGCUCUGCUCUGCACCAUCUUGAUCUUCAUGGACCAGCAGAUCACUGCAGUCAUCGUGAACAGGAAGGAGCACAAGCUUCAGAAAGGAUGCGGGUACCACCUGGAUCUUCUCAUGGUGGCCGUGAUGCUCGGCGUGUGCUCCGUGAUGGGGCUGCCGUGGUUCGUUGCUGCAACUGUCCUCUCUAUCACCCACGUGAACAGCCUCAAACUGGAGUCCAGCUGCUCAGCGCCGGGAGAACAACCCAAGUUUCUGGGCAUACGAGAGCAGAGAGUCACCGGCUUGAUGAUAUUUGUGCUCAUGGGUUGUUCGGUCUUCUUGACCAGUGUGUUAAAGCUUAUACCAAUGCCUGUGCUUUACGGUGUCUUUCUCUACAUGGGUGUAUCGUCGCUCCGAGGAAUUCAGUUCUUCGAUCGCUUGAAGCUCUUCGGGAUGCCUGAGAAACACCAGCCGGACUUCAUCUACCUGCGGCACGUCCCCUUGCGAAAAGUGCAUCUCUUCACGCUGAUCCAGCUGAGCUGCCUCAUCCUGCUGUGGAUCAUCAAGGCGUCCCCUGCGGCCAUCGUCUUCCCCAUGAUGGUUUUGGCUCUCGUCUUUGUGCGGAAGGUCAUGGAUUUCUGCUUCUCGAAGCGAGAGCUCAGCUGGCUGGAUGACCUCAUGCCAGAAAGCAAGAAGAAGAAACUGGAUGAUGCCAAAAACGAAGCCAAAGAAGAAGAGGAGUCGCAGAAGAUGAUGGAAGCUGCUGCUGCAAAUUCAGUCCAGCUGAACCUGGGCAAAAUCAGCUACUCAGAUGUCUCGAAGCAAGACAAUAGCGACAGGGUCGAUCCUUCCGACAUCAACAUCUCGGACGAGAUGCCUAAAACGACCGUGUGGAAAGCGCUCACCAUGAACACAGAAAAACUCUGAAGCCGAGGAGGACGAGCCACGGGGAGAAGCCGCCCGUUCGAGCGGAGGAGAGCGAAGAGCAAGGGAGCAAAAGCCCUGCCCGGUGCUCUCUUCAGCCGGCUCCGCGUCAAAGCCAUCCCGACGUCCCCCAUCAUCUCCGGGCUUCGGGCGUUCGGUGUCUCCAGACCGGCCAAGCGAGGUGCACGCAGCGGCCUCGGCGCGCGCGGUGCGGAUUCGGGGCGGUGGAGGGAUGCUUCCGCCUAACCCUUCAGCGCUGUCGGAGUUUCUUUUCUUUUUUUAGUAUCCAGCUCCCCCUCCGCCUCUUUCUUUUU